AUGCGCACAGUCUCGUCCUGUAGUGUCUGUCAAGAAAGAAGCGGUGCAUCCCCAGUGCUGUGGGGUCAGCUUGCCGAUUGUGCACAUCCAAGGGGCUUCAAUGCAACGCACCAACAGCAGCUCGGGAGUCUCCGGAUAUCCCACGACCAUUGGCACGCAUUGCACCAUCAUCUCAAAGCAGUGCUUCUGCAAGUGAACGUGAAGAUGGUCAUUCAUUACAAGCAACAUCUCCUAUUUCACCACAGCUCUUUCGUGCGCGACCAAAAGCAAUGCCUGGUGGCACGAUAUCUGCUAUUUGCCGUCUUUGCCCUGGCAUCUCGGUUCUCCUCAAACCCUGCCCUCCAUCAUGUUACACCCUGGUCACGUGGGAAGCUUUUCCUGCGAGAAGCGAUCAAGUCUUUCAAUGAGCGCACGAAGCUCAUAUCUAUUGAGGCUCUUCAAGGCUGCAUUAUUCUUGCGUUUGCCGCAUUCGUCGAGGGUGACGUCGACCAAGAUGCCCUACUUAACUGCCAGGCAGUACGGAUGACUCAGGCUCUUCAACUCCCGAUUGUGUUGAGUUCCGAUAGACUGACGAGAGAGAUCGAGACCAAUUUAUACUGGCAAGUCUGGAUGAUGGACUGCUGGACCUCGGUCAGAUCUCAGCUACCACAACAACUACGCAACGACCCGACAUUUCCGAGACCAAUUCGGGAAGAGGUUUUCGAUGGCCUUCCAGAUUAUAGCCUUACGGACGUUCAAAUCGGCCCCGAGUCGCGCGCAACGAGCCUAUGGACCUUGAUCCUUCCUUUGACACAAUGGCACGCACAAGCUGUCAAGUUGAACUACGACGUUGUUCACGAACCAUCGUUGGAGUUUAGGAUCAGAAACUUGGUCCGCGACCUUGCGAGAAAACUUGAUCAUUGGGUCCAGAGUUUGCCACCAACUCUAAGAAACACUUCGGAGAACUGGAGUAGCUACUCAGACCGUGGAUAUGGCCGACCAUUUGCAGUCAUGCACAUCAUCUACCACCACACGGGCCAGCUUCUGUUCUAUCAGUUUCUCAACAAAUGCAUCGUGCCAGACGACAAUGUCGCGGUGGAUGAAGAAGCAUUGGGGUAUGCCGAGCUCUGCAAGGCGCAUGCCACGGCAUUGAGCAAGCUCUUUUGGGAACUCAACGUCGCCCCAGAUCUAGACUGUUUGUGGUCGCCAGUCAACAGCCACCUUCUCGUUAUCGCGUCAACCAUUCACUUGCACACGAUGCUUUUGGGAACUGGAAGACCAGAAGCAGCCGAGGCGAAGAAGCUCCUGGAGCAGAACUUUGUCGUGUUACAAGAGCUACAGAAGUACUGGCCCUCUACGGAACUUGCAUUUUCGCGGCUUCAGUCAUUUCACAAUGCUUGCCAGAUGAGCAGCAUCUCAAAGACGUUCAACAUGGAUCAGUGGAUGGUGAAUUUCCUAAAUAGAUAUGACAUUUCCAUUGAGGAUCGAGAACUUGGUGUUGAGGUGAACGGCGGGUUGGGAGGGAGCAAUACUACGGGGGAUGAACUAUGGGCAAUUAUGUUUAGCAAUAAUUAG